AUGUCUUCCUUUUCCUACAGUUCCACAACAUACGGGGUACUGGGUGCAGUACUCGUUCUUCUAUACGUCCUGUACCGUGCUGCUCUCCCGAAACCGAUCCCCGGCAUCCCUUAUCAUGAGGCGUCCGCGAAAAGCGUGCUGGGCGAUGCACUGGCGAUGAUUAAGCAUAAGCAUAAAUAUGCCACCACCUUCGACUGGAUGACUGCACAGACCGAGAAGCUGAACUCGCCGAUUGUUCAAAUCUUCCUGAAGCCCUUCUGUCAACCAAUUGUGAUCGUAACGGACCAUCGCGAGACCCAGGACGUGGUGUUGCGCCGCGCCAAGGACUUUGAUCGCUCCACGUUCUUCAAAGAUGCUUUCGGAGGAGUGUUGCCGAAUCAUCACAUCGUCCAGCCAACCAACGAAAAGUUCAAGGCGGGACGUCGCCUGUUAGCUGACACAAUGAGCACUGGAUUCCUUCAAAAAGUUGCAGCAGAAUCUCUUCACCGGCAUAUACUGAAUCUGAUGGAACUCUGGCGCAUAAAGAGCAAAGCUGCCAAGGGGCAUGCGUUAGCGGUUGCUGAAGACAUCAAUCACAUGGCCCUCGACUCGAUCUGGGACGUUGCAUUCGGAAGCCAACUGCAAUCUAUAUCGACCGAGAUUGAAUUCCUGAGCGCACUCCCCCAGUCCGACGUGCCUGCACGAGCGGACCAGCCAAUGGUCUUCCCGACACCAGAGUACAACUCUGCCGUGAAGUCGAUGAAGGUGAUGACACACGCGCUUGACGCGGCAGUGACCUCGCCGAUGCCCGUGCAGACUCACUGGCUAAUAUCAAUCACGCCAUCCUUCCGCCGCGCCCUGGCCCACAAGGACCGGCUCAUCCGCGGGCGGCUCGAGGACGCCAAGUCCCGGAUGCUCCUCAACCGCGCCGAGAAGGCGGACGAGUUCACCGACAUCACCUGUGCAACGGACCACCUGGUCCGCCGGGAAGCCCAGGCCGCGGCCAGAGAAAACCGCGCCCCCCAGUACGACAGCCCAAGCGCCAGUGACGAGCUUUUCGGCUUCCUGAUCGGUGGCCAUGACACGACGGCGACCACGCUGAUGUGGACGGCCAAGCACGUCGGCGCCAGCCCGCGCGUGCAGAGGAAGCUGCGCGGUAUCAUGCACCAGGCUUUCGGAGUCGAGGACGGCGUGCCCACGGCCGCGCAGAUCAGCACGACCGACAUCCCGUAUCUGGACGCCGUGGUGGAGGAGAUGGUGCGGUGCGCGAGCACGGGGCCCGGGAUCAUGCGGAUCGCCACGCACGACACGGCACUACUCGGCCACCGUAUCCCCGAGGGCAUCAACGUCUUCAUGAUGUCCAUGUUGGAAUAUUCUAGAUAUCUAGGCUAUUAUUAA